AUGUGCCAGCGCAACGAACGCCUUUAUGCCCAGCUGUUGGAUAUCGCCUACCAGCGCCGACCAGUCGACCUAGAGGGCUUCCUUCAGUUUGCAAAUUUCGCCAUUGUCGAUUCACUCUUACCUGCCACCGUGAAGUUGGCUUUUAGUCAGCGGAAGUUGCAGUUCCUCGAAGAGUUCGGCGAUGAUAUCAGACAGUGA